AUGGCGAAAAGAAGAUUGACAGCCGCCUCGAUCAAGGCGGCAGGUGGCACCGGACGAUGCAUCGUUGGGGUGGGGGAGUUGAAAAUGGCGUUCAGCACUGGCGCGUGGCCCUAUUACAUUAUUUGCUGCAACUUUUACCAUUCACCACGUUUUCCAAAAUACCUCAUGAACGCAGAUCGAGUCUACUCAGUCCGCAACCGCAGUCGUGCAAGGCCCUUUUUGAGGUUGUCAAGCUCGUCGGCCAGCGCGCAGCUUGCGGAUACGGCUACCCCAGCUGCCCACUGUCACCCCAGCGAACCCAGCUGGGUUAGCGGCCAGCCCCAAACCUGA